GGGGCGUCGCCGCCGCCGCCAUCGCCAUGGCCGGUUGUUGUCAGUCCCUGGCAGCGGGUUAUGGCGACGGCGGUGAAUGAAUUCUCCGGGCGGCCGAGGGAAGAAGAAGGGCUCAGCCGGCUCCAGUUCCGCGCCUCCGACCGCCGGCGCCUCUCCCUCCUCGCCGCCCGGGCCGGCGCCCCCCGUGCCGCCGGCGGGGGCGGCGGCGGCGGCGUCCCCGCACAAGCGGAACCUGUACUACUUCUCGUACCCGCUCUUCGCCGCCUUCGCCCUGCUCCGCUUCGUCGCCUUCCAGCUCGGGCUGCUCUUCGCCUGGCUCUGCGAGCGCCUCUCCCGCGGCGCCCUCAUGGCCGCCAAGGGCAGCAGGGCCGGGGCCGGCGAGGCGCCCGAGCCCGGCGGGGCGCCCGAGACGGUGCGGGCGUGCCACAAGCGGGCCUUCGAGUGCAUCUCCAUGGCUCUGCGCAUCGACGAGGACGAGACAGCAGGACAAAAGGAACAAGCUGUUGAAUGGUAUAAGAAAGGAAUUGAAGAACUGGAAAAAGGAAUAGCUGUCUUAGUAAUUGGUCAAGGUGAUCAGUGUGAACGGGCUCGACGUCUCCAAUCUAAAAUGAUGACAAAUUUGGCAAUGGCCAAGGAUCGCUUGCAGCUUUUAGAGAAGCUGCAGGCAGUUUUGCAAAUUUCCAAGCCGCAAAUGGAGGUCUAUAAUGACAGUACUAACCUGGCAUGCCGCAAUGGACAUCUCCAGUCAGAAAGUGGAGCAGUUCCAAAAAAGAAGGACCCCCUAACCCACACGAGUAAUUCCCUUCCUCGUUCAAAGACUGUUGCAAAAACUGGAUCCACAGGCCUUUCAGGUCACCACAGAACGCCCAGCUACAGUGGGGUAUCAUCAUCUGUGUCUAGACCAGCACCUAAUCCUACACCUUCAGCUCACAAGGCUGCUCCUAAAAAUAGCAGAGCAAAUAAGCCUUCUACUCCUACCACUGCUCCUCGAAAAAAGAAAGACACUAAGAUAUUUAGAAAUGUGGACAGCAAUCUGGCUAAUCUUAUCCUAAAUGAAGUCGUUGAUAGUGGGCCAGCUGUCAAAUUUGAUGAUAUCGCAGGGCAGGAACUGGCUAAACAAGCUUUGCAAGAAAUUGUUAUCCUUCCUUCUCUUAGACCUGAGUUAUUUACAGGUCUGAGAGCUCCUGCACGUGGUUUAUUGCUGUUUGGCCCACCAGGAAAUGGGAAGACAAUGUUGGCCAAAGCAGUUGCUGCAGAAUCAAAUGCUACUUUCUUUAACAUCAGUGCAGCGAGUCUGACUUCAAAAUACGUGGGUGAAGGGGAGAAACUGGUGCGUGCUCUAUUUGCAGUAGCGAGAGAACUUCAACCUUCUAUAAUUUUUAUUGAUGAAGUUGAUAGCCUUUUGUGUGAAAGACGAGAAGGUGAACAUGAUGCUAGCAGGCGUCUAAAAACAGAGUUUUUAAUAGAAUUUGAUGGUGUGCAGUCUUCUGGAGAGGACAGAAUACUUGUGAUGGGAGCAACAAACAGGCCUCAGGAGCUUGAUGAUGCUGUUCUCAGACGCUUCACCAAACGGGUAUAUGUGUCUUUACCAAACGAGGAGACAAGAUUGAUUUUGCUUAAAAAUCUUCUAAGCAAGCAAGGAAGUCCAUUAACCCAGAAAGAGUUGGCUCAACUAGCUAGAAUGACAGAUGGAUACUCUGGAAGUGACCUCACUGCAUUAGCGAAGGAUGCAGCACUUGGCCCCAUUCGAGAAUUAAAACCAGAACAGGUGAAGAACAUGUCUGCCAGUGAGAUGAGAAACAUCAAGCUGUCAGAUUUCACGGAGUCUCUGAAGAAGAUCAAGCGCAGUUUGAGCCCUCAGACCCUGGAGGCGUACAUCCGCUGGAACAAGGACUUUGGAGAUACCACAGUGUGAGACACUGCUUGAAGUGAAACACUCCUGCCUGGGGAGCAGUUGGUGCAGACAACUGGGAAGCAGCCAGAGUUUACAGGACUUUACAGAUAUUUAAGUAUCUGCAUUAAAACUUGAGAUUAAGAGAAAAUUAUACAAUAUGAAAUGUGUUCAUCAAAGCCUCCUUGCCAUUUAGUGAGGAUUUACACACUGUAAGUAAGAGCACAACAGGACUUGAGAGAAGUAAGAUUGCUAGCAAUCUGAUCCUGGUUUGAACAUUAAUAUAUGUAUAUUGUUUCUGCUACAAGGCUCUGAUGAUAUUGAUCAUUGGAGAACCUUUCCCUAUGUUGUGUGUGUGGUUUUUUUUGUUUUUAAUUUUGCCAUGACAUUGAUGAACAAUGGACUUGGAACAAUGAUGUUCAAUUUGAGGUUUGUAAACUGCAGUUCAUUUUUUUGACUUUUUUAUCCUUAAUGUGCCAAAUAAAACAAUUUCCCUGUGCAGAGUGGAAGAACAGCAUUGGGGACUUAUGAUUAUUAAAAUGUUAAAAGUAGCUGGUCUGUUAUUAUUUGUCUUUUUGUUUUGUUGUAAUGUGACGGAGUUGUUCACAGGAUAGGUUUAAAGAAGACCUUUGAUAGCAGAACAGCAAAAAACCCCAACCUUAUAAAACCAAUUCAAACUGCCUUUUAAAAGAAAAACUACUAAAUAAAAGAAUAGACUGAGAUACUCAUUAGUGGCAGUAUUUUCUCUUAAUGCAUUUUGUAACGCUUCCAUUGGUAGAAUGUUAGCUUAUGCUUUCAGUGUACAACUUGAGCCCAGCUGAUGUUUGAGAGAGUAGGUGAUGCUAAUUGUUGAGUUUCAGAAAUGACGUGUUUCUACUCUGUAUUUUGGUCUGUUUAUGAUAAUUGAAAGUAAAAUUUCCAUUGUGAUAAUUUUUUUAAUCUCCACAUGUAAGCAUUUAAAUAUGAGGCUACAUGUUUAAUACAUGGCACACAUUAAUGUUUUUAUAGCUUUCAUAUGUUUCAGUUUAUAUAUUAAAGUAUGAAACACUCAACUGAUCUGCUUUUUUAAAAAGAAACUGCAUCUUUGUACAAAUACUUGUUUUUAUUAUAUAAAUGACAAGCUAUUAAAAAAACAAACUCUUAAAUGAUAGCCUUUAAAUACCAUAAUAAAGGAAAGCAUUUUUGCCUUUACUUUUAAAGGCCCAACAUCUUGUUUACAAAUUCUACACAGAUUAAACACAGAUGUUUGCAAGGCAGAACACUAGUUCCUUGUUAAAGCAGGUUUGUGGGUUGUUGGGUUCUUUGUUUUUUUGGUUGGUUUGGUUUUUUUUUACACCUCUCCCAACUUAGCGCUACUGCGAAAAUGCAUAUUGUUUGUUGUUGUUUUAAUGAAAAUAUGUUGUGUUGUUUGCUUUUGGUCUUAACAGAAAAUUUGUUUUAAUUUUUCAUUUAACUUAUUUUUCGAACUACUUACCUGAAAGUUGAUUAUAAAUAAUAUAUUAUAUGUAUAUAUGAAAAAAAACAACCCUAGCUGAGAGAUGCAGUUGUAGGUAUAGUAAUACUCUGAGAGGACUGUGCUCACUGUGUGGUAUUGAGUACUAAGUAGCAGAAACUCUGUCAUACCUUUGAGAUGCACAUAUGCAAUAUGUUUGGGAUUCUUUUGUUUGUUUUUUUUCCAACCAGAGAUGCUUUUAACUGAUCUUAAGAUUAAAAGCAAUCAAAUAAGAGAAGAUUGUGUUCCACUACUAUGCCUUUUGAAAUAGUCUAACCAAACCACUUCUAGCCUUCUAAGGAUAGGACUCUCUCAAAUUUCUAUGUCUUAUGUAAAUGAAACGUGACUUUGGUUCCUCUGAUUCACUUUUCUGGAGAAAUGCUAAAAGACUUCAGAUUCUUAAGUCUCAUGUCUUGUUUUGCCUUAGCUCUGCCUUCAGUAGACCAUCUUGGUUGUUGGAGAUUCCUGGCUGACUUGAUCCAUAUUUGUAAUAUUCUUCAUAUUGCUAAGCAUGAAUAUUACUGUUGUAUUAGCAUCUGUCAAAUAGCUACAGCUAAGAAAGGGCCUUGGUUUUAUGAAUAAAGCUCUGGUAGACAUUCCUUGAGAUCCUUUGCAAAUGAGAACUUUGGAGGUAAUGCUUCUGGUUUUGAGUGUUCCUAAAUGAUUGUUACAAAACGGCUGGUUUUGUCCACUUAAUUUUGAGGAACAUACUGGUUAUUUAUUUCAAAUGCAUACUCACUGGCCUGGGAUAGGUACCUGAAAUGUUGAGCUAGAAGUCCUCAUCCUCUAAAGUAGCACCAGUAUGCAGCACAAGGAGUCAGAAUCACCAGCUGCUACAUAAAGAGACCAGCUCUUUCACUAGUUUGUACAACCAGUUCAGCUCAAGAGAAUCUGUGUGACUGGUACAGCUGCUUUUUGGUCUUUCAUUAUGCCUGAUUGUUUUCUGCUUAGUGGAUGAACUACAGCCCUAUAAAUUAUUGCUGGAACACAGUAAAAAGAAGAAAAUUUUGUUCUGCAACAUCAGUUUGCCCCACAGCUGCUGGACUCUUAGCCCAUGGCCAGGUGCUCUUUGGUUCAUAAAUCUCCUUUAAAUGUCUUGUCUUAUGCUAUUUUCUGAAUAGUGUAUUUUAAGAGUAAUUCUGUUCUGCUUAAGGCAUUAUCUUGCAUCUUACUCCUAAUUUUAAAUGUACUAAGUCCCCGCUCAGUGAUUCCAUCUAUAUGUUGGAUUAACCGUAUAUAAGAUCUGGGGAAAAACAACCACAACAACAGAAAGAAACCACCAAACCUUCCACCACCCCCCCCCCAAAAAAAAAAAAACAAAACAAAAAACCACCCCAAAUAACCACAAAUUACCUGUAUUUCCCAAGGCUGUAGUACUUAGACAGAACUUUACCAGCUGUAUUUUCCAUAAAAUCAGGUUAUGUUCUAAAUCAAUGUCUCAAAUCAGGAUAAACAGGACAGCAGCUUGGGUGCUUUUAACUUUUGUGAAAACUACGAGUCCAUUAGCUCUCUGGACUGAUUUUUUCCUUUCUUUUUUUCUUUUUCCCCCCCGCCUUUUAUUUUCUGUGAAUCUGCCCACUGCUAGUGAAUGAGCAACUUGACCCACUUUUUUGACAUGAUUAGUAAGCAGCUUGUCUGGCUCUCUGCCAGCGUGUUUUACUGACUUUCAAGUGUAGCAGUUACUGGAGGGAGAAAAUAAAACCAACCCAAACCCCUUGUGUUUUUCUAACAACCUUCUUCAUAUAUCUUUCUGCUUUUAUUAAGCAGGAGCCACAUCUUUUGUCUUUCAACAUACUGGAAGAAUAGUAUGUAGAUUGCUCUUUCUCCUUAAAAAGAGAAUAUUUUCUCUGUUAUGAUGCUCCCUUUGCUAAUGUUGACUUUUCUGUGGACUACAGCAAACCUGUACAGGUUCUCUGCGUAUGCAAAGACAAAAUCAACACAGAAUACUAAAGAUAAGCCUUAAACUAGGAUAUUCAUGCACAAAUAAAUCUGUCCUGUUAGUUUCUUAGACUUUACAGCUUUUAGAGUAUCAGAAAUAGGCACUGUGCCCCUGAGAUGUAUUGCUGACUCAAAGCCAGUUGCUAGGUACAGUUCUGUUGAAUAUGGCCCUGCAACUUUAGUAGGUAACAAAUGUGAUAAUAACACUUUAAAAUAAGAGCAAGAAUGGGAUCUCUGAACUGAGAAGGUGUGUUGUCACUGCAGUAAUUAGAGACUACUGCUGUUUCUUCUGUUCCUUUCUGGAAGUGUUUUUAAAAUGACCGUUUUUAUACAUAUAACUCAAUUAACCUUACCUUCUGGUGUAGGAUAAAUAGUAUUUUUUCUAUUCUAGACAACUGGGGCUUAGCACUGCUUUGUACUGCUGCCAUGUCCCUCUUGUGAAAUUUAAGUACUUUGUACUGGGAAUACUGAAGUCAUAUAUGCUGGCAAAUGGAACUGAGACAUCUGUUCUGAACUGGAAAGCAGCGUUCUCCUUAGGGUUUCCUUCAUCACCUGUGGUGAGACUUGGUGCCCUAGAUUUCCAUAGUGCUUUCCUGCCCAAGACAUGGAUGAUGCAUAGCUGUGCCUAGGAUGUGCUUCUCCAGUGCUUUAGUGAUGCUUCUGCAUGUGGCAGCUUUGGGAGGGGGCCAGUGCUACUGUACCUGAAAAGGUUUUCAUUCUUUUUCUGUGGUGCCCUCAAGCUUUUGUGAUGCUUUAAGUCGUUGGGGUUUCUACCAGAUAUCAAAAAUGGAAUGAAGAGUAGCAAGCAAGUAGUCAAUGCAACUAGUUAUCUCAGUCAUUGUGCUAAUUAGAGAGUUUUACUAUUAGUUUCUCUUGAGCUGCUGUUUAGUGUUGAAGAAUGUUGUUUUACUGACCUAUGUGAAUUUUCAUGCUUAGGAUGAUCUGCAGACAUCCUAAGAGAUGACCAAUUGAUCACCUAUUUUCUUUUAGAAUUUCUUAUUUAAUUAUAACUUUCAGUGUCUUUUCUUUUAAUUACGGUAAUUAGAAUUCCACAGGAUGAGGAAGUUAAGCUGUCACUUCCUGCAAAUACAAAAUCAUCUUGUAAAAUAUGGGGAAAUGUGUAUUCUGUUUUUCCUGCUUCUUGUGUAAAUCAUUAACUGUCUUAGAGUGGAAGCUUCUUACCUUGUCAAUAACUACCUCCUGAGUUCAGCAAUAAUUGGCAAGGUACACACUCCUCCGGUGGAUACAACAUACUGGCUCAACACUGCAGAUUCUUCAGAGUCUGAUGGUUUGAUUUCAAAAUGCUUGACAUUACUUCUGGAAACUAUGGUGAUGAACCUUGUUUUGCUGUAAGACUUUCCUUGCCUUCAUAAGACACACUUGUUAAAAAACCCUUUCUUCAGAGAAGUGGCUUUGAGGAUUAAAGGUCGGUGCUCUUUGUAGCUGGUUAACGCAGGUGUGGUGCUCAAAGAUGCCGGGGUGUGGCUCUCACUUGUGCAGGUUCUCUCCCAUUAGAAGUGGGGAAGAAAGCAUUUUGUCUAACGGUCACACACCUGUCAAAGGGACUGCAAACACAGAAGUUGGUCUUGCCACAUGAUUCCCAUUUUUAGUCGUCUGAAGGGCUAGUCAGUAUUUUUCAGAAAUUUGUAUUAAAGUGAUGAAAACCAAAGGUGGAGCUAAACACCAUACCCCACCCCUGUAAAAUAUAUUGGACAACUCCAGUCUGGGAUGGGAUUCAUUUUUGUAUUUUGUUGUUUAGAAGCACUUUUGUUUCAUUGUUCUUUUAAGAAUGUUUUUUGAAAUGUUAAACACCAUUUUACUAAUAGCAAUGUAAAAAAGCAUGACGAGCAGUCACAUAGCUUUAGCUUACAAUAAAAUGUUUCGUUUGUCCUGUUAUUACUGUUUUCUUGUCUGUUUAUCAGAUAAAAUGUCCAAAACUAAAAGCCUUUUCAUUAAACUUGAAGCCUAUUAAAUUGCUGCUGGUUUUAAAAAAAACAUUUAAAAACAUCAGGUGUUGUAUACCAGAUGAUGGAACAAUAAAUAUGUAAAUAAAUCAGUUUCUAAAGAACAUAACUCAAGUUCUUAAAACUAAUGUAAACAGAAGUGCUACUUCCUAAAUAAAUGUGCUUAAACUGAAA